AUGGAUCCCUCGACCACUCACGACUUUUCGACUGCUGACUUCUCGUUCCUUCCCCAGAACGAGGCGGAUCAGUUCAUCCAGUUCCCGCCCAACUCUCCUGGCUCCCAUCCGUUCAGCUUUGGCGAGACGCAGAUGCCCUCGUAUCCCUCGUACGGCUUUGGCCCCUCUGUGCCGGCUGCUGUCCCAGCCCACGGAGUCAUGGACACGACGAGCACACCCUCUCCCCGCCAGCCCUUUGUCCCGGCCUCGCCCAUGACCCCGCCCCUCACCGGCUCUGAAAUCUCGGGCGACAGUCUCUCCCAAGGCCAUGGCUGGACACCCACCAAUACCACCCCAGGCGGUCGCUCCGGAUACAACUCGGGCUACAACUCGGCCUCGGGCUACGUCUCUGGAGGUGCCGGCAGCCGCAGCGGAACAGGCUCCCCAGGAUCCUCCCACUCGUUCCAGGGCUACGGCUCUGGCCUCGUCCACCGCUCCAACCGUGGCAUCACCCGUGGUAUGGCCGACCGCAGCGCUCACAAGCGCCGUGGCAGCACCUCUAUGCGCAUGGCCGACGAGGACUCGUAUGGAAGCGACCCUGAGAGCGAGCUCGGUCUCAACCUCCCUGCCGAUGUUGUCGUCUCCCGCCGCCGCGAGGAAAUCCGCCGUCAGCGUAUCGAGUCUGAGCAACGCCGCCGCGAUGAUCUUCGCGAAGGCUUUGCACGUCUCAAGGAUGUCCUCCCCGUGUCCAACCAAAAGGGAUCCAAGAUGGCGCUGCUCGACCGAGCGACCAGCCAUAUCCGCUACCUAGAGGCUAUGCAACAGCAGAUGCAGACCAAGCUCACGGCCUCCGAAAUGGAGGUUAACCGUCUGCGACAGAUCAACGAGGCUCUCAUGCUCAAGGCCGCAGAGCGUCGCUCGUCCCAAUCUCCCCUCUAA